AAAACCAAAUCGAAUCAUUCAAGCGAACUUCAGAGAGAGAUCAAUGGGUAGUGAUUGGAGAAGAACAAUGGGGAACGUGAGGUCUUUCGUGGGAAACUCCAUGGGAGGUCUAAGAGGAGGUCAGAAUCUCGCAUCUUGGCUCGUCGCCGGAACAAUAGCUUACUAUCUAUGGGUUAAACCAGCUCAGGAUCUCAAAAAGGAACAACAGGCUAGGGAACUUCUCGCCGUGGCAGAACCAAAUCAAUACGUGGAGAAGAGGAAACCAAUCGCUGAUCCUCAGGUUACUGGUCUGAUAUAUGGAAACAAGAACAAAACCGAUAAAGGACAGGAUUAACUAUAUAUAUGUCUGAACAUCUUCAGUGUUAGCUAGCUUCCUUCCACAGGUUUUGUCCAGAGUUUCAUAGCUAAAGGAUGACUGUAUAGACAGCACUAUAGUUGUUUGUUACUCACAAACAAUCGAAUAAAAUUAUAAAAGAGAUGGAAACUUUUUUUUGGAGGAUUUUAUUAUGCAUUGUGAAGUUUGAGUAUGGAAUCAAAAACUUUGUUUUGACUCUCAAGUAUCUUACAUUCCUUACUACUUUGAUCUCUG